AUGGCCGCUACAGCUGCAGUCGCCGCCCCGAUCAACGUCGCAACGCUGGUCACGCCAGCGCGAUGCACGGCUGAUUUCUCACUUGUCCCGAUCGGCGGACAAUCCACCUCCUACUCGCAACAAAUCGCCGACAUCCAGCGAUUGAUGCAGCAAUCGGGACUGAAAUUCACCAUGCACUCGACGGGGACGACAGUUGAAGGCCCCUGGGACCAAGUAAUGCAGCUGAUCGGCUGGGCGCAUUCGCUGAUCCACGGGCAGGGGAUUGCGCGGAUUCAGACCGAUGUGAGGAUUGCGACGAGGACGGAUAAGGUGCAGCCGAUGGAAGGAGAGAUUGCGUCUGUGGAGAGGAUUCUUGCUGCUACUGCUUAG